AUGACCAAGGCCCCUUUCUCUGUGGAGUGGCUGUCCCAAAGCAGCCAGGCCCCCCGGAACCCCCCCGACGGUGCCCCGCGCCGAGCCACGGGGCCCCGGCCCGACUCCGGCUCCAGCCUCGGCCUGACCGAGCGGAGCGGGAAGGAGGGCGCCGGUCCGCGGGCCGGGAGAGGCGGCAGGAGCCGGGAGCGCCCGGCGGGCCCCGCCGCUGCAGGUAACCGCGACACCCGCCCCGUCGGGGCAUGGCGGGGCAGCCGUGGUUGGGGGGCAGGAGGGAAGGGCCUUAUGCCCCCACGGAAGGGGCCUGGACCUGGCGGCCGCGGCGGCCGGCGGCUGCGCACGGCCUUCAGCUCCGAGCAGAUCAGCACCCUGGAGAGCUCCUUCCAGCGGCACCAGUACCUGGGGGCCGCCGAGCGGCGCAAGCUGGCCGGCAGGAUGCAGCUCUCGGAGGUGCAGAUUAAGACCUGGUUCCAGAACCGCCGGAUGAAGCUGAAGCGGCAGCUGCAGGAGCUGAGGCCGGAGCCUUUCUGCAGCCCUCCUCUCCCUUACGGACCUCAGAGCGGGCUUGUGCCCUUGCCCCUGGCCUACGCGGCGCUGCCGCCGCCACUGCCCCGGCAGGAGGCCGCUCCUGGCGGCUUCGCCUUGGCGGCGCUGCCGGCGCAGGCCGUGGACCUCAGCAGCGCCUGCCGGGCGCAGCCCCCAGGGUUUUGGGCAGCGCCCUGCUUUGUAGGGUUCCGGGAUCCCAGAGCCUUCCUGCUGGGCGUCUGA